AUGGAUUUAACUCGGUGCUUGUGGCUCGUGUCAAUGUUCUGCUGCUGCGUCUCGGUCACCUUAGAUGCCGGUGACCGGGGGCUCGCCUGGGCUGGGAACCCUGAAAAAGCUGAUGUGGACAAUGCAACGUCGAAGAAUGAGAUCAUUGGACAGGACAAAAACUCUAAAGAUGUUAUGGACUCCUACACAGCAGACACGUUGAAGAGUAACCUCACCACAGUCUUUCUCCCAAUCAUCUACAUCAUCGUAUUCCUUGUGGGACUUCCUGCCAACGGCAUGGCACUCUGGGUCUUCCUCUUCAGGACCAAAAAGAAGCAGCCAUCAACAAUUUACAUGGCCAACCUGGCACUGGCUGACCUGCUCUUUGUCAUUUUGACGCCCCUAAAAAUCGCCUACCACUUAAACAGCAACAACUGGAUCUAUGGAGAGCUGCUGUGCAAAGUCCUUGUGAGCUUCUUCUACGGGAACAUGUACUGCUCCAUUCUGUUCAUCACUUGUCUCAGUGUGCAGAGGUGCUGGGUGGUGGCUCACCCUCUGUCCCAGCAGAGCAAGAGCACCAAAGUGGCUGUUGGCGUGUGUGUCUCCAUCUGGGCUUUCAUCUGGCUCACCACCACCCCUCUGUACCUGUAUGAGCAAACUGCCGAGCUCAAAGGCCUGAACAUCACCACCUGCCAUGACGUCAACAUCAUAACAAACACCACAGAUCCAUUCCCCUCCAUCAAGCUCCCGUACUACUACUUCACUUUCAUGGCCGUCGUUGUGUUCCUCAUCCCUUGUGUAGUGAUCGUUGUGGCCUAUAUUCUGUUACUCAGAGCUCUGGGGAACAGCAUGCAUGAAAUUUCGGCAGCAAAGAACCGACACAGAUCUAGAGUGUUGAUCGUGACCGUCCUGGUGACAUUCAUUGUGUGUUUCAUCCCAAGUAACAUCAUGCUGGUGGUGCAUUACGCUCUACUGAAGAAUGGAGUGAUAAAUAACGGUUACGGCUUCUACAUCUCCACAUUAUGCCUGGCCAGUCUCAACAGCUGCUUGGACCCGUUCAUCUACUACUUUGUGUCCGAGGACUUCAGGAACCACGUGAAGAACACUUUGAUGUGCCGCAGCCACAGGAGUGUGGAGAGGAUGAGAGUUUCAUUCAGCUCAUUGAAAAACUCCAGGAAGAGCAAGUCAAGUACGUCAGACACCGGGAAGACAAAGAGCAGCACAAAUUAG